AGAGGGACCCCGAGGGUUGGCACAGACAGCCUCGCUCGGGGGUGCCCCGCGGCCGCUCAGCUCUUGCCUUCUGCCUCCUCCAGGUGGGUGAGACAUGGGCGACUGGAGUUUCCUGGGGAACAUCUUGGAGGAGGUGAACGAGCACUCCACGGUCAUCGGCAGGGUCUGGCUCACGGUGCUCUUCAUCUUCCGGAUCCUCAUCCUGGGCACGGCGGCCGAGUUCGUGUGGGGGGACGAGCAGUCCGACUUCGUGUGCAACACCCAGCAGCCAGGCUGCGAGAACGUGUGCUACGACGAGGCCUUCCCCAUCUCGCACAUCCGCCUGUGGGUGCUGCAGAUCAUCUUCGUGUCCACGCCGUCGCUCGUGUACGUGGGCCACGCCGUGCACCACGUGCGCAUGCAGGAGAAGCGCAAGGAGCGCGAGGCCGACGAGCUGUGCCAGCAGGGGGCGGCCGAGGGCGGCGACAGGGCGCCCCUAGCCGCCGACCAGGGCAGCGUCAAGAAGGGCAGCAACAGCAGCAAAGGCACCAAGAAGUUCCGGCUGGAGGGGACCCUGCUGAGGACCUACAUCUGCCACAUCAUCUUCAAGACCCUCUUCGAGGUGGGCUUCGUCGUGGGCCACUACUUCCUCUACGGGUUCCGGAUCCUGCCCCUCUACCGCUGCAGCAGGUGGCCCUGCCCCAACGUGGUGGACUGCUUCGUGUCGCGGCCCACGGAGAAGACCAUCUUCAUCCUGUUCAUGCUGUCUGUGGCCUCCGUGUCCCUCUUCCUCAACAUUCUGGAGAUGAGCCACCUGGGCCUGAAGAGAAUCCGGUCGGCCUUCAAGAGGCCCGUGGAGCAGCCCCUGGGGGAGAUCCCCGAGAAGUCCCUGCACUCCAUCGCCGUCUCCUCCAUCCAGAAAGCCAAGGGCUACCAGCUGCUGGAAGAAGAGAAAAUCGUGUCCCACUAUUUCCCUCUGACCGAGGUCGGGAUGGUGGAGACCAGCCCCCUCUCUGCCAAGCCUUUCGCGCAGUUCGAGGAGAAGAUGGGCCCCGGGCCCCUGGGGGACCUGUCCCGGGCUUACCAAGAGACACUGCCUUCCUACGCUCAGGUGGGAGCCCAGGAGGGAGAGGGGGGAGAGCAGCCCAUGGAGGAGGGGGCGGAACCGGAGGUGGGAGACAAGAGGCAGGAAGCCGAGAGAGUGAGCACGGAAGGGCAGGAGACCCUGGCAGUGCUGGAGGGGGAGAAAGUGGAGACUCCCGAGGUCGGGAAGGAGGGUGAGAAGGACGAGCUGCAGGCUGAGAAGGUAGCCAAGCAAGGGCUGCCCGUGGAGAAGUCGCCUUCACUGUGUCCCGACCUGAGCAGGGAUGACACCAGACCCCUGAGCAGGCUGAGCAAGACCAGCAGCCGCGCCAGGUCCGACGAUCUAACCGUGUGAAGUGUUGCCGAAGAAAGAGAGAGAAGAAAACCCCUGAGCUGACCUAGGGCAAGAUGAAACAUAAAGGAUGCCACCAUGAUUGGAGUCUUCUGUCCCUCCCCUCCCACCCACCCCUGGUUGGACAGGUACUGCAGGGGUACGGUACUUUGCUGUUCAACUAGGAAACCAGCUUUCCCAUAUAAAAGGGCCACCAAGAUAAACCCACUGUCCCCUCAAAGUUCCCAGUCUCAAAUGACUGCCCUGCCCCUCUACCCCAGCUGCAGUGGGGAACUCUGCUUUCACCCCCGUUUCUCCAUCGGAAUCCUUCCGAUCAGAACUGUGGUUGCCUCACAGCUGUUUACCAGCCAUGACUCAAGCCCGCUGGCUCAACCAGACUUUAUCACCCCAGCACUUCCCUAGCGGACGCCAUGUGACCAAGUAUCAGGGGGCCCAAACUCACAUGCCUACAGGAUGCAGGCAGGUGCUUUAAAUCGGUGGGGUGGGCCUGUUCUAAUGCCAUGGGACGUCUAGGGGUGUGAAGAUUGGCGGGGGAGGGCAGAGGGCAGCUGCCGCUCAGUGCCAGGCACUGAUUACCGGGCAGUGUUACCACAGAAAUUUCAGAGUUUUCCACAGAAUCCAGAAGCCCAAACUUCUGGGUGAAAUGUCCAACCUCUUUAAUAUUGCCAGCUAAAAUUUAAACAUGCCAUGUGGGCCAAGCAAAAUGUGUGCCAGCCAGAUUUAACCUAUGGGGCACCAAUGUGCAAGGUGAGCCUACACUAGUGAGCCCGGCUUUCCCGUGGAAUUGGUCAUGUUACUUAUGGUCUCAACUUGUGUCUAGGGCGCCCAAAUCUCAUUUCACCAAUUUGGAGUGUCUGGGUAAAGUCAUCAGCCCAGGAGAUACCCAGUAUUCUCACUGACCUCUCUCUCAGGUCACCGUAGCCCCUGGUUUCUGAUGCGAUUAUACCCCUUGAAUUGGUGGGAAUUCUGUCCGGGGCACCAUCAGGGAAAGAGAGCAAGGCCCCAGACCCUCUCCCUGAGCUGAAAAGGCCUGGAGGUCUGGUCGCAGUCUUCUUCCCUGAAGAAAGAACGUGCCCUUCUUUCCUCUCCUCUGCCAAUAUCAGUGCUCACCCUGAGAGCCACACCUCCUUCCUAUCAGGGGCUGGAGGUAAGCCCAGUUCUGAGCCAGCAGAUAAACUGUCUGCUGGCCCGUCUUGAGGAGAGUCAGCUCUCAGGCCUUGCCCAGACAUAAGAUGUGCACAAGGAGGACCAUCACGGUGGUACUAGGGAGAGCCUCUUACCAAGUGGGAGCUCAAACAGCCAGAAUCUCAAAGUCUGGUCCCAGUCCAGGCCUCCUCCCUAGAAGGGACACAGAGGCGUAAAGGGAACAAGAAGAAUCUCAAAGUUCUCCUACCCUUGACCCUUACAACCAACACUCCUCAAACAUGCAGUCCAGUUUGGGGAAACCCUCAAGUACAAGUACAUAUUUCCCACAGGAAGCAAUUUCACCUAGAGCCAAUCAAUUCCCAGAGCUGAGGGACACAGUGAUAACCAGAAUGGUUUAUCUGAACCAAAGCUAUGCUUUGAGGGAUAGAAACCAAAAUGACACGGCAGAGAUCUGGACAUGGGACCACCAGGGAACCCGAAAGAAGUACCCAGAAAACUGCCUUAAUUCUGUCUUCCCCCAGCCAGCCCCAUCCUGGAGUAAGGAAUUCCCUUUUGCUGCCCCUCUGAUUAUCCCCUUCCUUUUAAGAUAUUCCUUCUAGAUACACUUUUCCAGAGCAGAGAGAGCCUCCUCCCAAACUAUUCCUCCCCUCCCAUUCCGUGGUGUCCCAUUCUAAAACAAAGUGGUCUGGAAAUUAAAUUCGUUCUAAGGUAUGGUUGUUUGAUAAAUACUCCGGGGAACUUUUACAUUUUCAAAGAGACAGCUUAAAAUAUAUUUUACCUAGGUUAAUCCACAGUGACAAACUUUCAGUGAAAGAAUGUAUCAGGCAGUGGAUAGUUGAAUAGAAGAGGUGUAUUUAUCUCAGAGACAUGUGACUUUCUGGCUACUGCUUGACUCUUCCCCUGGCAAUCAACACCGCUCCACCCAGAACUUCCCUAAGGUGAGACAAGUCACAUGCCCCGGGGCCUGGGAACAGACACUGCGCCACUGCGCUCACCCCAAUGGCUGCACCAUUGCUCCUACAGUUUUGCUCCUGCACACUCAUUUUAAGAAGAUAUGAACUCAGAGCCUAAGAACAGCUUGAUCAUCACCAGAACGGAGUGUCUAUCUCCACAAGGACCUCAUCCGAAAAAGAGAAUUCACCCUGCUCUAAGUGAAAACUGCUGGUGCAGGGGUGAAGGCUGCAGGCCUCCUUGUCUUGGCCUGAGCCUUCGAGUGAGUACAUUUCCCGGGAUGAAGCAGGAUCCUGCCUCACUGUCUGUACCGACCCUGCCACCAGGGAAGUUGCCAUUUUCCCUCUUAGUCUCCCCGAUAAAAGAGGAAGACUAUUUGGGGGCAGAAAUAGACACAGACAUCAAGGGACCAGGAUUUUUUUUUUUUUUUUCUAUUUCUGCCAUUUAGUAGCUGUGCUGUUGUCAUCCCUUAACCUCUGUGUCUCUUGGUUUUCUGUCUACAAACUAGAGAUGGUAUUUGCCACCAACCUACCUCCAGGGGUAUCGUUAAGGAUUAACGAGUUGGCCGCCAAGCCUGGAGCGCACCCCCCCCCCACCCCGCCCAGUGUCACCACUCCCUGAAAGAUUCCUCUAGCAGCAGGGAGACUGGGAAGGAAGGGAGAUGGGUGGUUUCCAUCCCCCCCUCUCAACCUACUUUGCAUUUACCUAGUGAGAGUUUUUCCAAUGUGGAAUAGACACUCUGGAGAUCAGUUUUCUCAGAGAAGGCUCAAAACAGAAUCUGGACCCCCAUAUGUUUAGUAGGAACCUGAGGCUCUUUGACCUUGAGAAACGACUGGGGACAGAUUGGCAAUUAUUUUCAUCCUUUGGAAGAGGUCCCAGGUUCCAUUUGCAGGCAGCUCUGUGUCCGUGGAGGCCCUUAACGUUGUACAGCUGGAUCCCUCAGUAUCUGGAGGCAAAUAAUUAUGACCGACUCAGGAUUAUAAUCCCCCCCUGGGCUCCAGUAUGUCCAGCUUUAAAUCCUACUCUGGGUCCUUCCCUUGUUAGACUAAAAUCCUUAGGGCAUGUAGACCUACUGAUAAAAAGAAUCAGUGAACAGCUGGAUAUCCAAAGUACAGCCUGCUCCAGAGGAAAAGGGCCAAUCACUUAACAGCAGCUAUAACACCUCCUCCAUCAGGGGAGAUCUGUGACAGGGAGGGACAGAGUAACUCAAAGUUCAGUUCGGAAAUUUCAAACCUGGCUCUGUAAUCCCUAGGCCUAGCAUUUGGGGCAUCAUAAAAAGGCCUAUCUGCUUUUCACGGUGACACUGCAACUUGCCACACAGGUGACAUCUCCCACACAGAAUCAGACAAAUAUUCCUGAGGGUCACUGUGACCUGGGGAUAAGAUUUACCCACAAAGAACAAUGAAGGUCAAGUCAGAAGUGUUGGCUGCCCCAGGACCCCAAGAUGUCACUUACCUGCUCCAUAUGACGAUUUUCCCUCAGUCAACUGGGGGGGGUGGGUAACAAAUUUUACCCCUCCUUCACAAGAUAGAACAAGUGAAUUGAUACCCAGAAAACACCAUGAGCAUACUAGAAGAAAUACGUGGGUGUUUUUUUUUUAAAUUCACUAAUUUGGAAAUCAAGGAAAGGGAAGACGGCCUUGUUCAAAUUUGUCAGAAGUCCUUAUUGUAAAAUGCAUAGUGAAGCAAGGACAGUCACCACUUUCAAAUCCGGCAUAGAUUGUUGACUAAGAUCCCGACAAAAAGUCAGCUAAUAAGUAAAGUGA